AUGAGGGCUCCGAAGAGGCCGAUCCACACCGUAUGGACAUGGGCGCGACGCCAGCCGUCCAAAGUUCAGGCCUUUCUGGCCGUCGUUUCGGGCAUGGCGGCGCUGGUUCUGCUCCGAUUCAUCGUCCACGAUCACGACAAUCUCUUUGUUGCAGCUGAGGCUGUGCACUCGAUUGGAAUCUCCGUACUUAUAUAUAAGCUCAUGAAGGAGAAGACUUGCGCUGGGCUAUCACUCAAAUCGCAGGAAUUAACAGCUAUGUUUUUAGCUGUGAGAUUAUAUUGUAGUGUUGUUAUGGAAUAUGAUAUACACACCCUGCUAGAUUUAGCUACCCUGGUGACGACCCUCUGGGUUAUUUAUAUGAUCCGGUUCAACUUGAAGUCUAGUUACAUGGAGGAUAAAGACAACUUCGCAAUAUAUUAUGUCGUGGUACCAUGUGCUCUUUUGGCCUUGUUUAUUCAUCCAUCAACUUCUCAUCAUUUGCUGAACAGGAUUUCCUGGGCAUUUUGUGUGUAUCUGGAAGCUGUUUCUGUACUGCCCCAGUUGCGGGUCAUGCAAAACACAAAGAUUGUUGAGCCAUUCACAGCUCAUUAUGUGUUUGCACUGGGUGUCGCAAGGUUCCUCAGCUGUGCCCAUUGGGUUCUCCAGGUAUUAGAUACUCGCGGACACUUGCUUGUAGCCUUGGGCUAUGGGUUAUGGCCAUCCAUGGUUCUUAUUUCAGAAAUUGUCCAGACUUUCAUAUUAGCAGACUUCUGUUACUACUACAUCAAAAGUGUUUUCGGAGGGCAGCUUGUCCUGCGUCUCCCUUCCGGAGUUGUAUGAGUUAUCUCCAGUUCUGCUUUGGUCUGCGAGCACACUGCCGUCAAAGACGUUAAAGUAGCUAGGCAAUGUGGCUGGUGAAAUUGUUGUUUUAAGUUCCCCUUUUUAGCUCUCCACAAAGGUUCUAAGUUCUCUCUUUUUAUGAAAAAAAAAAAUCAUGACUGGGGAUGGAGUGGGUUGUUUGUAAAGUCGGAGAUGGAGUGGAUUUAAUUUAAUAUUUAUAAUUUAGACAUGAAUUUUUAGAAAUCGGUUCAUGGUUUUUUUAUCGAGUGCUAACAUUUUGCUAAAAGUUUACUAUAUGUUAGACUUGUUUCUUUCA